AAUUGGUCAGAUCAACACCAUGCUCCGACUGUUGGCAGCAUGAAAUAUGAUUCCGACUGCAUUCAUUCGCUUAAAUAACGUUACACGAUUCACACCGCUUUUGGCGCAACGGUGGGUGGACACCGAAAAUCUGUGCAGUUACAAGUGCAGGAAGACUUGUUGGUAACGUGACCGAACAUCUUAAGGGGCGACGCACAAGUCUAUCGAAGGAGAAGAAAAGGGGCGGCUUCGAGCAUCUAUUGGAUUGCUUGAAAUUUGAUUACACGUCAGGCAAUUAGAUUACACGGAAUAAUUAACAGAUCGUCAAUUUUGAUUGCUUUGCGGCUUCGUUGGUUGAUGCGAAGGAUUUUCAAACGGAUUAUUUUUCAUCAUCGGAUGGGAUUGCAAUUGAUUGUGUAGUGCUGUGGCGUUGGUUGUGCAAGAAUGACGUUGAAACAUAAUUUGUUUUAGAUUCUAUGAACAACAAGGCAACAACAACAGCAACGAAAAGUUCCCUAGCGCUGGAUUUAGUGAACAUGUGAAAUUUAAUUCAAUUUACCCGAUCGAACCCGCGCGCGCGAAUAAUAAUUGUGGUUUGCAUUCGAUUUUGGUGACCUCAGGGAAUUUGGAUUCCGGAAAAACUGUGAACUCUGCCUGUUUGCGGCAGACCGAUGGAUAAUUCGGUCGGUGGAAAUCGCUGUGGCCGCGCUGAACAACGCUCAUGCAAAUAUAAUGGGUGUCCCUGAAACCAAGAACUGUCUGUAACGUUAUGCGUUUUUAAAACUUGCAGUACAUACACCUACAAAGCCCACAAAAGAACCAUGAUGUUCACAAACUGGUUAGCGCCUCCCACGACGAGCCUGCCGCCAGAUACAAUCAUAGAAGUUGGCCCACCACCGUUCACACGGUAUGCCGCACAUAGUGCACUGGUUUCCGUCCACAGUGGCUAUCUGCGGGCAGCCAUUCGUUCGGACAGCUCAACAGGAAACGCAACGGUCGAUACCAUUCAAAUAUAUGUCCCCAAUGUGACCGCAGAACAAUUCACCCCACUGCUUACCUACAUGUACACCGGUUUUUUAGAUUUGAAUAUUGAAAACAUAUUCGGCGUUCUGCUCGCCACUCAUAUACUUCACAUGCCAAGGGCGCUGGAACUGUGCCGUUCGUUCUUAUCCGCAACCCAAACGGAGAAUUAUUUCGGAGGACUCAAUGCCCUACCUUCUGCGGUCAGCCCCUCCACAGGCCUCAAACUAAAGCCAGAACUACCCGAAACAGGAAAAGUAGUGCGACCAAUCGCAAGCAAAGCCACCGGAAUUGGACUCAAUUUCAUUGCACCUCCUACAUCACACAUCCUACUCCCCAGCACUCACACCCCAUUUAAAAGUCUUUCGUCCGUUGUUGUUGGCACACCGACAGUAAUAGUUGAGAAUGCGGAAAAUUCAUCGCCACCUCCGGGGAAUGCAAAAAUAGCUGUGCUAACCGAAAAUUCUGCUUUGGUCGCAGAACGAGGCCACCGUGCAGAUGUGGACGACAAAUCCCCAAAGGAAUCAAACCAGAAGCGACAAUCAAAAUCACUAAAACGUAGUAGCUCCAAUAAAUCGGAAUCUGUUGUUACGAAUUCCAACAACACCGCCAAGGACUCCAAAGUCCAAACGGAGAGAGGUGUAAUCAUCGAUAUUGCAAGCUGCGAUGGACCGGUUCGCUUCCGCAGAGUCCUCAAUGACAGCUACGGAUUAAACAGCAAUAACAGCAUCGCGCCCCCACCAGAUGACUCGAAAGCACAUUCCCGCUACAUGAGCUCCUCAUUCCACCAACAGAUGGUGCGAAACAUCAACGAGCGCAAGCAGAGCUUUACCACGCUGGGCGAAAGUUAUUCCUGCGUUAGCAGCAACAAGGACGAAAACAGUCAGGACAACAACCAAUCGCAAAGCUCGCAGCAAAGUACGAUCUCGGCUACGGCAGCGGCGAGUGGUGGCGAAAUGUACAACUGUGUCUACUGCAAGCACACCUUCAAGUCCCAGUAUUGCUACCAGAAGCAUGCCAAGCGCCACCUGAUUCCUUUGAGCUUAGACUCGACCGGGGCUGCCAGUCAGUCGACAGCGGAAUCAACAGUCGAAGGAGGCGAUAAGGAGCUGGCAGGGCCGAGAUUUGAAACGCCGGGACCGAAGCGGGAGGUCAAACCUCUGGAUAUGAAUGUGCAGUACUAUCCGUGUAAGACGUGCGGCAGCAAGUUCCCGAGCUAUUACUUCGUUCACAAGCACAGGAAAAUGUGCCACGCCGAAGAGGAGAUUAUCUAAACCAAAAAUAUCAAACUAUUCCCAGCAAAAUGACACAAUCAAACAGGGUAUAAAUAAUCAAAAGUUUAUUAGCGCAUGGAAUUCGUGGAAAUGGAAACAAAAUAUCGCUACAUAUCAAAUAAACUGUGACACUCUAUCUUCAA